CUGGCGGCUGCAGGUCUGGGGGCACCCUGAGGCCCCUGCCAGGGCACAUGGGGAGGGUGCAGCGUGGGGCCGGGGUGUGCCAUGGGGCAGAGUGGGGCAGAACCCCCCCAGAACUGGCUCGGUGCCCCCCCGCGUGGGGAGCAAAACGGUUAAGGGGAGGAGGCUGCGGCAGAGCUGCGAGGAAGAGGAAGUCAGGGCAGGAACAAGGACAAGGGAAGGCCCAGGACAGGGCCUGGAAGGAUCCGGAAGGUGCUGGGAGGUGCCAGGAGCACCCCCCCGGGCCGAGGCGGCAGGACGAGCCCCGGGAGCGGGCACUGGGAACGGCACCGGGCAGCAGCUGGCACGAGGUGCCGCCGGCAGGUGGUGGUGAGGAUGGAGAAGCUCUCACAACUCUCUCUGAGUGAGGAGGAGGAGAAGGACAAGGAGAAGGACGAAGAUGAUGAUGAUGAAGAUGUGGUGGGGGGCACCGAGGGCACCCUGCAGUACAAGCAGUGCCUGGCAGGGCUGCUGGCCACGGUGGCGCAGCUGAACCAGAGAGCCGAGCAGCUGCAGCGUCGAGCCCGCAGGGAGGAUGAGGAGGUUUGGGAGGGCACUGCCAGCCUCCCUGCUGCCAGCCCCCCUGCUGCCAGCCCGCAGCCUCAGUGCCUCGACAGCGGUCCGGAAGCCCACGGCGCCGACCUCUUCGCCGCCCUGCAGCACGCGGUCAGCUCCCUGGAGCGAGCUGUCUUCUCCCGGCACCGGCGGGCACCGGCGCAGCCUUUGCCCGGCGAGGAGUGGGCACGGGCGGCCAAGAGCCUGGCGGAGCUGGACCGGGCACCGGGCUGCGCCCGCAGGGCCAUGUGCCACGGUCCGGAGGACGGAGGGGGUGAGAGGCUGCUGGCAGAGGAGGCAGCGGUGGCAGCGGCGUUGGCUCGGAAUGUGGCACUGCGGGCAGCCCUGGGGCGCCGGGACGAGGAGCUGAGCCAGGCCACGGACUCGCUGCGGGCACUGCGGGGGGAGCGAGACCACCUGCAGCAGAAGGUCCAGGACCUGCGGGAUGCCCUGUCCAGGCUGGAGGAGCCAGAGGGAUCUGGCAGUGACACUCCCGGGACUGGCACCCCCUUGGCACAGUCCCAGCUGCUCCUGGACCAACCCCAGUGCCAUGACAGUGCCCAGCCCCACGCUCCUCUGUCCCCCCAACCUUCUGAGGGUGCCAGCCGGGAGCAGGAGGAGCAGGCACAGCAGCUGCAGGGGUGCCUGGCACGGCUGCAGGAGGUGAACCGGGCGCUGGCGGGCGCGCUGCAGGACUGCAAGAGCGACGCGGAGCAGCUCAGCAUGGCGCUGGGCCAGCACGAGGCCCGCAGCACUGCCCUGCGCUUGGCACUGCGCUGCAGGUGGGCACAGGGACACGGGCAUGUGUCGGGGCACGCGGUGGGCAGUGCCAGUCUGAGGCCUCUCUCCCUGCAGCGAGCAUUGUGGGGGGGCCUAUGCAGCCCUGCUGGAGCUGGUGCGGGGGAAGAUGAGCAAGGAGCAGGAUGGGACCCGCGGGGGAGCCGGGGCCGAGCAGAGCCCGGGGCACGGGCACGGAUCCAGCCCCACAGCAGCGCAGGGGCCGCAGCCCCAGGGCGGAGCAGAGCUGCAGGUCCGGGAGCAGAGUGGGGGCGGCGGACCCCAGAGGUACCGGCAAAGGAGAGCAGGGUGGGCACGAUGCCGGGGCUGAGCUGUCCCAGGGCGGGCACUGCGCCUCUGUACCCACCCCAGCCCCAUUCCCACAGCAUCCCAGCGCCGCUCGGGAUGGAGGAGGGGGCCCUGCGGGAGCACAUCCACCGGCUGCGGGCGGAGCAGGCGGCCCUGGAGGCAUCGCUGCAGGAUGCUCCGGCACCCACCAGCGCCCACCGCAGCCAGGCUGUGCGAGCCCGGGCCGAGCGGGUGCUGCAGGAUGCCAGGGAUACCCUGCCCGGCUGGAGGAGGCGGGAGAAGGCAGAGCUGCUGCAGGACCUGGAGACGCUCAAGGAGGCCUUGGCCGACCUGAAGACUUGGCUGCAGCUGGCACAGAGGGAGAAGAAAGGGCUGCAGGUGCUGGCGGCUGGGCUGGAACCGCACAAGGCUGCCCUGCACCUGCUGCUCCAGCACCUGCGGCAGGAGGAGGAUGAGGACCCCCCCGGGCACCUCCCCCGCGCCCCCAGCAGCUCCAGCAGCAGUGAGGAGGUAAGGAUCACCCUGACCUCCCCGCGGAGACCCUCCGUGGGGCCGGGGGUAUCCCCAGGCAGGACCCACACCCAACCCCUGCAGGUUGCCCAAGCAGGCUGUGGGGGAGCAGCAGCUCCUCAGCACCCUCCAGACCCGGAGAAGAUGAGGGAAGAGCUGCUCCAUGCCCUGGCCCGGGUGCAGGAGCUGCGUGCCCAGGCACAGACCCUGGCACUGUCCCUGGAGCAGAGUGUUGCCAACAGCCGUGCCCAGCAGCUGCAAUGUGCCACCAUCACCAGAGACUUCUUCCGUGCUCACAGCCCCCUGGGUGCCCUACCACGGUACCCCGGUGGCGUGCUGAGCGUGGCACCCGCAGCGCCCUGGCCCUGGGGUACCGCAGUGCCCGCCGGAAGCAGGAGGCUCAGCUGCGGCAGCUGGAGGCGCAGGCAGGUGCCCUGCGCGGGCAGCACACGCGGCGGGCACAGGCACUGACCCACAGGCUGCACACCCUGGAGCAGAGGACACCCAGCAACGAGACCUUCAUCUAGGGACCCCUCAACACCCCCCCCGCACUCCCCCCGAAAUCUAAGCCCCCCCUGCCCAUCCCAGGAGCUGCCUGCUGUGUCCCCAUGGAGAAUAAACCAGCGG